AUGGCUGCCCAAGGUCUUUCCGAAAGAAGAGCGUCCGAGCCUCCUCCCCCACCCUACACGCAAUCUCAAGAGAAUACUACUCGGUGGGCGACAACAGUCCAGACAACUACGUCGGUCGAUAUAUCCCAGCGCUUGAAGCCCACAGAUGCCGUCCGAUCAGUCCCGGUUGAGGGGAAGCCCGAGAACGCACAGGCAUCAGACGUUCAGGAUGCUUCCUUCUCUGAUAUCCAGGACAAUGAGCAGCCUACGUCUGCGAGACUAACUGACCCCCAAGCCUCUGCUGCGAAAAGAGAAGACCCAAAAACGCCUACUGUUACUAUUCUGUCAGCACUGGCCGAUACACGUAAAACAGCGAAAGUCUCCCCUCGUACCCAGAGGGAAGAAUUCAAAGACGAAGAAGCGGUGCCCGGAAUUCUUGACCCUAAGAUAUCAAUGUCCAGUGCUGGGCUUUGGGAGAAGUAG